AUGCUGUCUUCGUUUCCACGUCUAGCCGCAUCAGACUUUGACGAAGCGUGCAACAGUCUCCUCGGGAGAUAUCGCCGGGCCGGUCAGAAGCAGGAAGAAUGGUUAUCGAUUGAGACAGUCUAUCAUUAUGAUAUGACAUAUCUCAGCAUCACUAAAGCGCUUCCCGAUGCAGUGUAUAUUCCCAAAGACUCGAAUGAUGACGACGAGGUAGACGAAGUGGAGGAGGAUGACGAAGAAGUAAUCGCAAAAUCCUCAGUACCCCAGGCAAUCAUCAACUACGACAUCGUCCUCUCGCCAACAUAUCAAGUGCCCGUCCUAUACAUUAGCAUCUCGGACCCCCAACACCGUUUCCCACCAACAAUGGCCACACUCUAUGAGCAUCUGAUCCCGCUGCACUUCAAAACUCAAACGGAGCAUGCUGGAGUUAUUGGAGGUAUCACGGUUACUGAUCACCCAGCUACCAACAGGCCGGUAUUCUUCAUCCAUCCAUGUCAGACGGCUGGCGUCAUAGAGGCUAGUGUCGGAGCGAGAGACGUGACCGCUGAAGAGUAUUUGAUGGUAUGGAUAGGGGCUUUGGGUAAGUGCGUGGGUUUGAAUAUACCCUUGGCGCUUGUCAGAGAAGAGGAAGACGAUUUAGUUUAA